AUGAAAUUUAUAGACAAAGUUGUUAAAUACGCGUUAUGUCAAAUUAUUGUGAUUUUAUUAGCCGAAAUUCCAUGUCAAUUAAGUGCAAAAAAUUCUCAAAAAAAUGUUAUUAGUGACAUAGUAGAUAUAAAGGAUUUUAAAAAAUUAUUAAGGACAAAAAAUAAUGUUUUGACAAUGUUUGUAAAUUCCCCGAAACAAAAUGCAAGUGUUGUUAAAAUAUUUGAAGAAACUGCUGAUUAUAUAAAAGGCCAAGGAAGUAUGGUUUUUGCUGAUUGUUCAGGUGAUGCAAAAAAACUUUGUAAAAAAUUAAAAAUUAAUCCUGAUCCAAUUAUUAUUAAGCAUUACAAAGAUGGCGAAUUUCACAAAAACUAUGAUAGGAAAUAUACAGUAUUAUCAAUGUUAAACUUUAUGAGAGAUCCUACUGGAGAUAUACCAUGGGAUGAGGAUGCUUCCACUAGUGGAAUAGUUCAUAUUCCUGAUCCUCCGAGUUUAAAUAAAUUUUUAAAAAAAGAGCUUGGUCCAGUUAUGAUUAUGUUUUAUGCUCCAUGGUGUGGAUUUUGCAAGCAACUUAAACCAGACUAUGCUGCAGCAGCAGAAGAACUUAAAGGACAUUCUAUCUUAGCUGCUAUUGAUGUGAACAAACCUGAAAAUGUUGUGGUUCGAAAAAAAUAUAACAUAACAGGAUUUCCGACAUUAAUUUACUUUGAAAAUGGUGUAAAAAUGUAUAAUUACGAAGGCGAGAAUAAUAAAAAAGGUCUUGUAUCAUUUAUGAAAAAUCCAACUUCAACCCCUGUAAAACAAACAGAAACACAAUGGUCUGAUACCGAAAGUGAAGUAUUACAUUUAACUGAUGAUACUUUUGAUGAAGUUAUUAAAGAAACGGAAAGCAUUUUGGUGAUGUUUUACGCUCCAUGGUGUGGUCAUUGUAAACGUUUGAAACCCAAAUAUGAAAAAGCUGCUGAAAAAUUGAAAAAGGAAAAUUUCAAAGGAAUACUAUCAGCUUUAGAUGCAACUAAAGAAACUAAAAUAGCUAAACAAUUUAAUGUUAACGGUUAUCCAACAUUAAAAUAUUUUAAAAAUGGAGAAUUUGAAUUUGACAUUAAUCUGAGAGAAGAAUCGGAACUAGUUGAUUUUAUGAAAAAUCCAAAAAAACCACCUCCUCCACCCCCACCAGAAAAAGCUUGGGCUGAAGAAGAAUCUGAAGUUGUUCAUUUAACUCUUGAAGAAUUCAAACCUUUUUUGAGAAAGAAAAAACACGCUCUUGUUAUGUUUUAUGCUCCUUCAUUUGCUGCAGUGGAUUGUACUUCUCAUCAAUCUGUAUGCUCUACCUACGAUGUAAAAGGAUAUCCUACAAUUAAACUAUUUCAAUAUUUAAAUAAAGAACCAGUAGAAGAUUACAAUGGCGGUCGAACUCAAAAAGAUUUCACCUCAUAUAUGAAAAAAUUCGUUAAAAAAAUUCAAUUCGAAUUACCAAAAAACGACAGCAAACUUGAAAAAAUAGAGAAAAAAACGGAAACGGAAGUCGAUUGGAAUGAUAUCGACGAUUCAGAUUUAAUUUUACACUUGUCCGACGGUAAUUAUUUUUACUCAUUGAAAAAAUAUGAUUUUUUGUUAAUUUUUUACUACAAACCAGGUUGCGAAGGUUGUAGUAAAAUUAAAAAAGAAUUUUCUCACGCUGCUCUGAUGGUCGAGAACAGGAAACUUCCGGGUAAAUUAGCGGCUUUUAAUGCGGAAAAAAAUAAAAUAUCGGUAAAGGAAAAUUCAUUUUCAUAUCCAUCCAUUCAUUUAUUCAAAAAAGGAAUAUUGUCGGGAUCUUAUACUGGAAAAUACGAAGCAUUAGAUAUUUUCAAUUUUUUUAAAACCAUGCACGGAAAAUUAAAAGACGAAUUGUAA